AUGGCGGCGCAGGCGGCCUUGAUUGCCGAUACCAUCGUGGGCUUGAAACGCGCCCUCCGCAAUGAAACCGAAUAUUCAGGGCCCGACGAUCCGAUCUCCCAGCCGACGAACAGAGGCAAUAAGCUACAUGCCAAUGCAAAUUUCGUGCGAGAAGGUGCACUGGGAUAUGUUCAUUCCGAGCAACUAUAUAAACAGAAAAUUGAGCAUGCUGGAUACACCCGCUACAUCCUCCAGCAUAAUCCUGUGCGCUACGACUCGGAAGGCGAUGAGCUCGAUGACGACGAUGAAGACUCGGAGGCGGAUGCUGUCGCCGCGGAAGAAAACCCGUUCUCAGAGAUCGCAUUAGAGCACUUCCUGUGUCCUCUGAAACACCCAUCCGAACUUCCCUCACAUCCUUCCUUAUCACACAUUUACACCUCCAAGGCACUUUUCAACAUGACAAAAGCUAUUGAGACGAAGCUCCGUCAGGAACGGGCUUUGCUAUGGCGUGCAAGGAAUCUGCACCGGAAAUUCCUGGGGGAUGGUUCCUGGGCGCCCUGUGGGAUGUUUGAGACGCCCGAGGAUAGGUGGAUUUUUGAGCCCAAGAUGACUAGCACAGAAAAGAAUACCGCGCUACCGCAAUUCGAGACCAAUGGAGCCAGCUCAUCGCUCGAUGGGAAAGUGAGUAAUGCGAAAGAUGCAAUGUCGACCGCAAGUUCCCUAAGGGGAGCUAGUUCCGCGCAGAAUGAGAGACCCCAACCAGGUCGUCCCACAGAAGACAUGGAAAUGGCAGAUGGGCCGAACCACCAGAUCUCCGAGGCCAAUCAGUCGAAAGGACCGAAAUUCGAAGAUGUUGACACGCCUGUUGGAGACCUUCCACCACACCCGGAACUCAAGAAAGGUGGGCCCAAAGUUAACGGAAACAAAGUGGACCACCAGGCCGAUGAUCGGGAUCGAAUGUCCGACGUGGAUGGGAUAGUGAACAAGGAUAAAAGCGGGAGAAGCAACGAAGAAUCCGCUGCAGACUCUGAGCACCCGGGCAGGCAUAGCAGAGAACAUGACGCCGACGGAGACAUGGACAUGGAGGACGGCUCUUCCCCGGAGCCACCCCGACGGAUGACGACGCGAGCCCAAACCGGCGCAGGACAGCCGGCGCCAGACCAAGACUCUGGCCGUGGCUCCCCCUCCUUAUCCAGCGAAACCCUCCACUCUCUUCCCACCCCUCACCCUCUCUACCUCGUCCCGGACUCCACGCGAUCAGACGCCAAUUUCGGCCUACCACCCACCGAAGCCGAAGACACGCGGCGACUCCUCUGGUCCUAUGUGCAGAAGCAAGAAGAGACGGUGCGGGGGGUUGAACACAUGCUGGAAAACCUUCUCCGCGCUUGCCGGAUGAAAGAUGAUGUCUUUGAAUGGUGCAAAGCAGAAGGGCAUGCCGGCGAGCUCAGCGACGGCGAAGACUGGUAUGACCGGGAGAAAUGGGGACUUGCUGAGGGAGAGGAUCUCAAAAAGGGAGCGGACGAAGAUGACAUUGAGCCGGUUGAGGAAGCCCGCACAACGAAUAAAAGAGGCAGAGGUCGUCGUAACUGAAAAGGGGCAUUCUUCUUCUUCUUCUUCUUCCAUUUCGUCUUCUGUUGUUGUUUUGGUUUCCCCCUUAUACAUAGAAUCCCAUAGC